AUGUACGAUUCAGGUGGGAAGCUUCCGAUCCUCCUCCCCGCGAAUGAGAAGCCCUCGGUUUCUGAAUUGGGUGUCGUGGGACCCAAGACACUAGUAGCAAGCCUACAGAAGCCCUACCAUAGCAAAAGGACCCAUUUCAAAUCUCGAAAGGGUUGCCUAUCUUGCAAGGCCCGGAAGGUCAAGUGUGAUGAGGCCCAGCCAACGUGCCGCCGAUGUUUUGUUCGCGAGGCCGAGUGUGUCUAUCCCCCUACAACCACAUCAUCGAUAGCACGUCCUUCCCGUACCGGCGGGCAGUCCCCUGAAAGCCGGGGCUCUUCCCUUUCGCCGGGGAGCAGCAGCCCUGCUUCUUCUGAUUCCCUCCUGAGCCCCUUUCUAUGCGCUGGCACUGGAAGGGACUCCGCCGACCUGAGAUUGCUUUGGUUUUACACCACCAGCAGUUACAACCUUCCCAUAGGACCUCAGUCAGGGGAGAGAGCAGACCGGCUCGACAAUGUUCUCAAGAUCAAACUCCCCCAAUUAGCCUUCGAGAACCCCUUUUUGAUGGACUGCGUGCUGGCCACUGCAGCACUUCAACUCAGGUUGCUCGAUCAAGAUGUCAGCACCUCUCGUGCCCUCCAGUAUCGCGCACGUGGAAUAGAGGGGUAUCGACGGGCCAUUCUUGAGCCAAGCGAACAGACCACUCCUGCUCUUGCUCUCUGCUCCAUACUAAUCGCAAACAUCUCAACCGAUAUGUUCCGCGAUAAAGAGGUCCAUGAGAUAUGUAUUGUCGACUGGAUGAUGAUAUGGAGGGGAAUCAACACCCUCAUCGGCGUAGUCACAUCCGAUAAGCUGCGGCAACUCGGAGUGGUUGAACCUUUCAUGAGGCCCGAUAUCGAUCUCAUACAGUCCGGGUCUUACAUCCCAGACUGCCUGAUUCAGAUGGUUUUCUCAAUUGGGCCAGACGAUCCAGAAUAUGCCGAUGCAAACACUUACUACGUCGGUUUGCAAUAUCUCGGCUCGCUGUUCGCAGAACUUUCACGCGGCAUAGGAUCACUGUUGGUCCUUCGUACACUUACCUGGCUUACUGUUAUUCCUACACCCUUUGUUGAGCUUUGUCGCACGUUUCAACCUCGGGCUUUGGUCAUCUUAGCCCAUUACCUGAUAUUUUUGAAGCUUCUGGGCGGACGUUGGUGGGCGGCGCAAGGAAUUGGCCAACGGGAAAUCACGUCUCUACUCUUGAAUCUCGGUGGUGCCUGGCACGAGCAGCUUUUCUUGCCUCGUCAAGCCUUGAGUGUGGACAGCGAGCUCGGUCUUGCAAGACUUCUUUUGGACGACCCAGAGUGGGAGAUACCAGAAAAGACUCCCAAUCAAACAACUGAUUGCAAGCUUUCCUGUCCUUAG